AAUUACAAAAAUACGAUAUGAACCCCCUCUCCAUUGCUAUAAAACAAACGCAACUUUCCCUCUCCAUUUUCAAUAAUCUCUCAUCUUCUUUUGUCUCUGUUUCUACGGUUCAAAAACCUCAAACCUUUUAAAAACAAAAAACACGAUGGAGAAGCGUAGCACCACUAUUAAGAACAGAGGAGUACUUAGAUUACCACCUGGCUUCCGAUUUCACCCGACCGAUGAAGAGUUAGUUGUUCAAUAUUUGCGUAGGAAAGUAACCGGUUUACCCUUACCAGCUUCUGUAAUACCGGAAACCGAUGUUUGUAAAUCCGAUCCAUGGGAUUUACCAGGUGAUUGUGAUUCAGAGAGGUAUUUUUUUAGCACCAAGGAAGCUAAAUACCCGAACGGAAACCGGUCAAACCGAUCAACCGGUUCGGGUUAUUGGAAAGCGACCGGUAUCGAUAAGCAAAUCGGGAAGAAGACGCUUGCCGUGGGGAUGAAGAAAACUCUGGUUUUCUACAAAGGUAAACCACCAAACGGGACAAGAACCAAUUGGGUUCUUCAUGAGUACCGUCUUGUUGAUUCGCAACAAGAAUCAUCACAUAACAUGAAUUGGGUUCUGUGCAGAGUGUUCUUAAAGAAGAGAAGCAAUAGUAAUAAAAGGAAAGAAGAGGAACGAGACGAGUUGGAGAAUGAGAAAGAGACAGAGAAAGAAAGUGAGGAGGAGAAGAAGAGUAGUACUUGUCCCAUUUUUUAUGACUUUAUGAGAAAAGAUAAGAAGAAUAAAAUAAGAAGAAGAAGAUGCUGUGAUCUGAAUUUGACUCCUGCUACGUCGUGUUGUUGUUGUUGUUUUUGUUCGUCUUCUUCAGGGUCUUCGCCGUCUGUUUGCUCAAGUGCUUUAACUCAGACAUCUUCUAAUGAUAGUUAUCAUGAAGAGAUCAGUUGUCAGGAAAAUAAGUUUUGUUUGUUUCUUUAGACCUAAAAGACUUUGGAGUACAAGUUCUUUUUAUUUAACUUUAAUAAAUUUGUUCAUGAUUACCAAAUGAUUUACGUGAUCUAGACCAUUCAAGGUGAUUUCUCAUGGUAGCUACCCUUUAUU